AUGGUCAUCAUGAAGAUGUUAAUCUCAAUCUUUGUUGCUCUGCUUCUGCCUUCACUGAUUUUUUCAGCACCUGAUUUUCCAGUGUUUAAUGUUGUUGAUUAUGGUGCAGUUGGAGAUGGCUUAACCGAUGCAACCAAUGCUUUCAUCAAAACAUGGGAAGCAACAUGUACAGCAUCGUUUACUUCUCCGACAAUGUACGUUCCUUCUGAAAAUACGUUCUUGCUUCAUCCUAUAAAAUUGGAGGGCCCUUGCGUAUCAGCAGGCGUCACUGUUGAGAUAAAUGGAAAUAUAACUGCACCAAGAGAACCUUCGAGAUGGAGGUGUUACGACAAUCGUUGUGAUAAGUGGAUCCAUUUUAAACAUGCUAACGGCCUUACAGUACGUGGGAAUGGAACAAUUAAUGGUCGUGGACACAAAUGGUGGAAUGUAAAUGACCGCCUGAGACCAACUGCUUUUGAAAUUUCACAUUCAGAAAACAUUAGUCUAACGGGACUGAGCUUUAUGGAUAGCCCUCGCAUGCAUAUUCAUUUUGAGAAAUCGAAAUCUGCCAGAGUCACAAACAUAACCAUUGAUUCCCCAGGAGAAAGUCCUAAUACUGACGGUAUUCAUGUUUCAGGCAGCAGAGAUGUUUUUAUUGAUUAUUGUCAAAUUGGAACUGGAGAUGAUUGUAUCUCAAUUGUUGAUGGAUGUUCCCAUUUGAAUAUCAGCAACAUAAUAUGCGGACCAGGGCAUGGUAUAAGUAUUGGAAGUCUAGGCAAGCAUGGAUCUAAUGACAACGUUGAAAACAUUUUUGUUAGUGACGUCCUGUUCGUAAAUUCUACAAAUGGUGCUCGAAUAAAGACGUGGCAGGGAGGCAAAGGUCAUGCCAGUAACAUAAUUUUCGAGAGAUUAUGGACGCAAAAUUCAUAUAACCCUAUUAUUAUCGAUCAAUUCUACUGUGAUGGUGAACAUUGUACAGAACAUGAUUCAGCAGUACAGGUUAGUAAUGUUACUUUUAGACAUGUACAUGGAACCUCCCAAGGGGAAUUUGCUGUGAAGCUGGGUUGCAGCGCGUCUAUUCCCUGUACGGGUAUAGUAUUAGAGGACAUAGAUAUCCGUUCAGGUUAUGAAGAUCAGGCUAAAGCGUAUACGAGUAAUGUACAAGGAAUCGUUAUGGGUCUAAACAUUCCUCAAACUCACCUUUGAGAAUCAGGAGACAUAAAUUGGUGACGAUUAGCCUUCGAAUUUUCCACUACAAUUGAUUUACGAGUAAAUUCAUCAUAGCGUUUGUUAAUGAAUUGUGGUUCU